AUGGCUGUCGCUCUUUUCUCCACGCUCAUUACUCUUUUAUUUGGCGCUCAAAUCGCCAACGCCGCUGGUCUUUCCAACCAAGUAACCUGUAGCACUGGGCACGUUACAUCGAACAAGGCAUGCUGCCCACUCUUCCCUAUUGUUGAUAAUAUCCAACAGAACCUUCAUGGCGGUGGAGCGUGUGGGUUUGGGGCGCACACAGCUCUUCGACUGUCGUUCCACGACGCCAUUGGGUUCUCCAUCCACGGUGGCAAAGGCGGCGGCGCAGACGGUUCAAUUCUGAUCUUCAAUACCACCGAGUUGGCCUACGAUGCCAACGUGGGGAUCGACGAUAUCACCGCUGAUCAAUGGCCAGUCUUCCAAACUACCGGACUGAGUGCCGGAGAUUUCUUGCACCUUGCCGCCGCGGUUGGUACCGCAAAUUGCCCAGGCGCACCUAGACUCCAGUAUAUGUUUGGCCGUCCUCCACCCGUGGCACCUGCUCCUGACAACACCGUACCGAAACCCACCGAUAGCGUUGAUUCCAUGCUUGCUCGCAUGGCUGAUGCGGGAUUUAGCCCGGCGGAACUUGUGGCUCUCCUCGCGUCUCAUAGCAUCGCGAACGUUGUUGACAUUGACCCAACUGUUGCCGGAAUUCCGUUAGAUUCAACUUCGACGACUUUCGACUCCCAGCUAUUCCUUGAAGUCCUCCUGAAGGGAACUGUAUUCCCAGGUUCCGGCGCCAACAGUGGUGAAGUUCAAUCUUUCACUACAGCAGAAAUGCGCCUCCAAAGUGAUUCAGCCAUCGCACGCGAUCACAGAACUGCAUGCUCAUGGCAGUCAAUGAUUAACAACCAGGCGCGGAUGAUGACCCAAUUCAAGGCUGCCAUGGCCAAACUCCAAGUCCUGGGUCAAGAUACAAGUAAACUCAUUGAUUGCUCCGAUGUCAUACCCGUGCCCAAACCCUUCGCUGGUCCAAUCAAGUACCCAAGCUCAUUCUCUCAAGCUAAUAUCGAGCAGAAGUGCACUGAGUUUAAGUUCCCAUCCGUCGGCCGCUGAGGGCUGCUUGAAGGUCACUUUUUCUGUCCACAAAAUACUAAAAGGAUAUUUUUCCACACACGAACAUUUUACAAAGGACUCGUUUUUCUCUUGUAGUUCGUUGCGCUAUGUAUACGGACAGGUUUAGCUUAUGUAGCAUUUGCGAUUUGUAGGGUGUUUUGAAUUUUAUGUUGUAAAUUUCGG